AUGCUUUCUGAUCAAAUCGAAGAGCUUUGGAAUCUUACAGGUGAAGAUUUUUAUAAAAGUAUUGAAGAGCAAUACGGCAAAAAUGUUGAAAAAAUUCUCAAAUAUCACGAUAUCGAUAGUUAUUUGAUUUUGGCUGGAGCUGAUGAACAUGAAAUUCUUGAUAUAUUUGAACAACCAAACGAUCAAUAUUCUUCAGAUGAGAUUAUUUGUUUAAAAAAGGAAAUUUGCCAUGUAUUGGAAGGAAAAUUUACUUUAAAAGUUGGAACUAAAGGAAAAAUUGUUUUAUUAUUGAAAUCUACUCGAGACAUUAUAAAUUCCAAAAGAAAAAAUCGAUUAUCAUCUAAAAUAGCAUCAAAUCUAGUUGAUAAACAUCGAUCAUCAUCAUCAUCAACAAUCAGUGAUACAAAUGGAGAUGAAACCAAUUCCAAAGAAUAUUAUACGAUUGUGAAGCGAAGUAUUACGAAUUUGCUAACAAAUGUGAAAAAUAAUGUGCAUGGUAUUAUACAUGAAAAUAUCUCAAUUAAUAAUUUUAAAAUCAACAUUACAACAAUUAGUGACACUGCUGCACCAACUUGUUCCAUACAAUGUAUAUGUGGGGAUCGUGUUAAAUUAUUCUAUCGAAACAACGGAUUUCAAAUUUCGAAUCUUGCAAAACAUUUCAAAUAUACUUAUGAUAAAUCAAGGUUGGUUAUAAACAAUACAAAUCAAGAUAUUGAUAGUUUACCAGCUUCAAACGAAAUGGAUUUAGGUGAUCAAGUUUUACACGAAGAUAAUGAAGCUUCGUUUAUUCACAAUUCUAAUAAAUCUGUAGAUAUCAACAGCAACAGUAGCAUUGAUUUACCAUCAGCAGCAGACAUUUACAAUCCACAACAAAAAUCUCGUAUUGAAUCCGAUGACAAUGAAGAUGAUAAUUCAGUAUCAGUAACAAACAAAACAACUUACAUCCGACAACAAAAGUCUCAAGUCAAAUCUGAUAGCGAUGAAGAUGAUGAAUUAUCAGCUAAAACAACAAAUAACCUGUAA